AUGUUCGACGGCAGCUUCAAAGCUCCGCGUCAAGUGAAUCUCAGUGGUCGUAAGAAGCCUCUGACGACGUCGAUAUCAAGUUUUAAAGGUCGAAAUGACGGGUCAAAGGACGAACUUCUGCGCACGAAUCGAUUGGCGAGGGAAGAACGGCAGGCAAUAAAGAUACGCACAGCUGCGAUUACCAAGAUCCAGGCCCAAUUCCGUCGUGUCCGGGCUUCCCAAAUCGCUCGAGCUGCUGUAAUGCACGAUCUAGAGUAUCAACUUCAACAGGUAAUGCUGACAAUUGAUAUUCAGCAUCAAGCGCUGUCUAUCCAACAGCUCCAGCUGAUUCUGAGACGGUUUUUGUUUGCGCGCUCAAGUAAAAAAAGGAUGACUAUGGCUACGGAACCAAAAUUAACACAGCCUUGGCAAUUAGAAACGGACCAAACGGGACGGAAACUCCAGGAUUACGUGGUGUUUCUAUUGCUUGCCAGCUGUCUCAAGGGGUCGUCCGACAUGGCUACAAAUUGGUUGACGGCAAAAAAAGAUACUACAUGGGUCUACCAAGUGUCGCAAAUGAGCGAAAUCGCCUUGUAUACACUCGUGCACGACGAAGUCGAGACGCCAAAUACACAUGCUCAUGUGGCAGUGAACCCCUAUCUGAUGCUGCUAGACACGCUGACAAAUGCGUCAACGUACAAGACACUUGACGAUCAAAAAGUUCUGUCAGACGUGUGUUAUCACCUUGGAAUCUCAAGGCGGUACAGUGUUUUCGAUGCAGUGACGGCGUGUAUCACGGUCCAGGCAGAAGAAAAACAUUUACGUGUGGAGGUCGACAAGUUGGUGCAAGUCAUUGCACGUAUUGCUGCCCGAACGCUGCAAGUGGCGGCUAGAGAAGAGGAAGCACAAGGACGAGAUGCUGGUCUGCUGUCGCAAUUUGCAAAGAAGUUGUUAUUGACACCGUCAGCAGUGACGUGUCCACUUACGAGUUACAUUACAAAGACAGCAUUGUCAAUCGAGAGUCAUUCUCGUGAUGCAACGGUUCGAAUGGUGGGACAUUUUUGGGCACGUGUAGUACGUCAUUUUUGCAUUGACUCGACGGUGGCAGCACUUUCGUGGUCAGAGCGAGCCAUUUGUGUUGGAAACGUGUUAGAACUCGCGUUUCAUUGCUCGUUUGAUGGUGCUAUCGUGGAAGUUAUUCCGCUCGUACUGUCGGAGUUGAUGACUUUAUCACUCGUGCAAUGGGCGUUUGACGUAAAGCAUUCCGAGCAAGAUUCGGUUAUAAACAACGAAGAUUAUGACAUGGAUGAUGAUGGAAACGUGCCGAGUGUUUUAUUGUCCGUUCAAGACUUUGCAUUGGAAGAAGAAGUGCAGCGCGGCGUGGAAGGACUCGGCGUCGCUGAGUCUAGUGUCCGUGCGCAGUGGCAAAAGCUUUGCCAUUCAAAUUUUGCUCCGCUGUGUAUCGAUGUGCUGCUGCGUGUGAACAACGGGACACCGGAGCUUGUGUUGUCCGGCAAGAGUCCUGUUUACCGGCUUUGCGACGUUCUUGCUACUUUGAUUUUGUCAACAGGGCGGUCUCACGUCCUUACUGUAGCGGCUAACUUUACGAAUCCUCCUCCGGCUUUGCUUGCGUUGCUGAGUGCGAUGACGGUCGAGCAGAGUCCGUGGAGGUCCACCGUUCUCUCAAGCAUUACAAAUCUAGUCGAUAGCAUGUGGCAGAGGAUAAGGUCAGCGAUCAAAAGCAGCACUUCCCAGCACCUGGCGCCGCUUUUCGGAGAGUGCUCGCUUGAUACAACGACGGUGCCAUUGCAGAUGCUCCUUAUUUUUAACGUCGUCUAUUCUCACAUGCUUUUGGGACUUGACGAUGAAGCAUUUUACGAUGGGCAAUGGCCACUUCGUUUGUGUGAAGUCAAAGCCUUGGUGACAUUUUUGAAACAAUUUGUUUACGAAUCGUGUUGGAUAGUUGAUGGCAACACUGCACUACCAACUGGCACCAUGGACGAAAGAGACCUCGUGAGAUUCGCUGUGGUUGUGACAUCCAUUAAGCUGUUCAACCAGCUCUAUGAUCGGGAUUGUCGGCGUCGUUUCAUGCCUGAUGGCGCGUGCUUGUGA